AUGGAAUGUGUCAAUCUAACUCCUUUUGGUGAAUUCCUAGUAUGGACUGCGGAAGCUGUUAUUUGGUUACGUCGUAACUAUCGAAUUAUUGGUCGUGCUUCAUUACCAUUGGAUUUAUUCAAAGGAUGUUAUCAUAAUAAAUCAAAAAAACCAGAUGGAUUACCUGUACGAUUAAGUUUUGAAGAAGUUGCUUUACUAUUAUCUAAAGGUUUUAUUCAUGGUAUUUUAUGUAGUAGACCAGUAAUUUCUGUUGCUGAACCAUCAAAGGAAACAAUUGAAGCCUAUCAUGAUGCAUUAAUGAAGAAUGCAGAAGAAAUGGUCAAUAUAUUUAAAACUCAAAAACGAUUAAAAUCAGUUGGUUACUAUGGUCAGCUAUUGAAUGGUUUAAAGUUACAUCAACAACGCCAAGCCAGAUCCAAGUUAUUCAAUCACAAUGAUUCAUCAUCAGUUAAUACAGUUGACGAUAAUGGGUGUUCGAAAAACUAUGACACAAAUAAUUUAAAUUCAUCUUUACAGAUAUCAACUAGAAAACGACGCCGCCAACGACGUUUACUUCAGAAACAAUUGAAGAAACAAAUGUUUACGAAUGACUCUAGUAGUGUUGGUAAUGACGAUGAUCAUUGCAAUAUUUAUGACAGCAGUGAUCAAGACGUUUUUGAGCUCUCUGAUUCACCUAUCACUUUGGAUGACCUAAUUUCUGAACAUUCUAAUACACGUCAAGGAACAUCGAGAUUGUCUGUGAUAUCAAGUGAAAACAUUAAGGAAUCUUUACCGUACAUUCCGCAACAUUUACCACGUCCUACACCUAUUGAAUGGAGACGUCCUGACGAAUAUGUGUUUGUUAGGUUGCCAGAAAGUGUAUUUUCUGAGGGACUUUAUUCAAUUGUCACUUGGCUAAUCCAAUUGAUACAAGAGAAAUGUAAAUCAACAAAUUUUUCUAAUCAGCAUACUGAUGAUCAAAAUAACAUUAGUAGUACACAAGAUAUGUAUAUUCAACGUCUACAAUCUUGUUUGAUUUAUAUGGAUUUGUGGAAUAAAGGUUAUUAUAUUAGUACAUCCACUGUAAAAAUGGGUGGUGAUCUCCUGGUUUAUCAAGGUGAUCCACUUUUGUAUCAUGGUAGUCAUAUUAUUACAAUUUGUAAUCCAACAGAUCCAUUUUGCAAUUCACAAUUAUUAGCUAAACUACGUAUUGCGAAUGGUUUGAAAAAAAUACUUGUUCUAGCUACAGUUAGUAAUAUUGAAAUGUUUACUAGAAAAUUUACAGUUCAAAGAAUAAAACAUUGUGAAAUUAAGAAUGAUAAUGACGAUGAUGAUAAUGAUGGUAGUGUUGUAGAUCCCCCAGUUAUUGUCAGUGAACACUCGAAAUUAUCUGUACAAUCAAAAGAAAUUACGUCCGAUGAAAGUACCCAUAGUAAUUGUAAUAGUAGCACUAAUAAAAUACAGCCUAAUGUAAUUUACUUAUCCCUUCAAUAUAUGUCUUCACACUCUAGUAAUCCAACAUUUUCAAAAUCAUUAUGA